AUGGAUUUGCUGACACGCCACUUUGGGAAACUGGAGAUCCUGGGAUGUGCAGAAUCAGGGGUUCAGGUGGAGCAAUGGGCCCAGGGAUUCCACGCCAAGCUUCUGUGGGUGGGCACCAAGUGCCACUUUGUAGCAGGUCUCGUGGCGGGGGAUGGGGGGCAUGACCACGCGGGCCGAGGCUUUGAAGUAAGGGGUCUUGUAUCGCAGGACGAUGGGCGAGGUCUCCUCGAUGCGCGUGGGGCACUGGUCGAUGGUGGCGCACACAUCAUACACCACGAUGUUCUCGCGCCGGAUCCGCGCCUUGCAGCUUGCUCAAUGAAAUCUUGCUGCUUUGGGCUUCUUAAACACAGGACUCCACCUCUUCAGUUCAGGACUUCUGGACCCAUGAGUGAUGAAAGACAGAUGCUUCUUCAGAGGGCCUGGAGGAUGCUGAGAUGUUACCAAGUUAUCGGGACAGAGGCUAUGAAGCAGGAAGUCCAGGUGGAGACCACCUGGUUCCACAGAUGGACAAACUUUGGACUAGAAAACCAAGAGGCUUGUUCAAAGAGUGACAACCAGGGCCGACCCACUUCUCCAAACCAAGGAGAUUCGACUUCAGUACUUCGAUGGUGCUAUGGAGGUGCAGCACAGUAGUGUGACUGCCCAACUGAAGAUUAAUAGAUGAUCUGAUUAGGCCUUAAUUAAUGAAGUAAUGCUCUGUUCUUAAUCUUGAGAUAAAAAGUGGAAAAAAUAUGAGAAAAAAGGAAAAAAUAGUGGAUUCAGAAACUGUACUAUGCAUAGCAAUAAGUCAUAUUUUUAGGGUUUAGAAUUUUGGUCAAUGCUCUCAUACUUUUAUUAAUUUAUGCAAUAAUCAUUUGUUUAAUACCAGCUGUAUAUGUAUAAAGGCAGGUACGUUCACA